CAAUGCUUGGGGUCACGCGGUGGUCCCUUGGCGCUCAUACCAUCCAGUUAAGUCAUAAAAUCAUGCUGAAAUGAUUUGAAAUAAUAGAAUUUCAGUUGACAACAUUAAAAACUCAGAAUUACGAAACAAUUGGACUCGAUUGAAGUGAAUAGUUCGCAGUUAAGCAGGUGGAUGCCAUUGUUGGAGGUUAAGUUUUACGGUUGUUGAGGUUAUCUCAUUAUUAUCGCAGAAUAAUUCAACAAUAUCAGUUAAUGAAAUGUCGACGAAUAUGAGAAGUGUUUUGAAAGUGUCGAUAGCUCUCAGAAAUUUAUGCUCGACGUCUAAUCGGGCCCUGUCACUGAGAUUAUUACACUCGUCCUCGGGUCUCGAGGCGAGGUUCAAUCGGCCUGUGCUAGCCUCGGAUCCGGGCCGAUUCCAAAGAGCCCUCGACGAUAUAGAACAGCCCGAACACCCGAGAACAAUUGCCCAACAAUUACGGGACUGUCAGCUCCCCGAGGAGGUCCUCCUCCUGAUAAACAAAGAGUCCUCCCGGCUGACGGGUCACCAGGCCCUGAAAUUCCUGGCGAGCCUCUUCGGAAUGGCCAAGAAGAGCCCAAGCGAAGCCCUCGCCGACCAGAUCCGCCAAAAGAAGGAAUUUGCAACUCUCUGCGAUAUCCUGAAAAAGCACAUUCGCCAGCUCACCCCAACGCAGGCGAUAGAAGCCCUGAAACACCUCAUCUACUUCCACGUCCCCUCCACCACAGUAAUCAUAAACAUGCUGCUGCAGAUGGUGAGAACCUCUGUCAAUCAGCUCUCCCUCGACGAGCUAGUUUUCCUCAGUUUUCUCCUGAAGAAAUGCCAGACGACACCUCUCAUCGAGGCACUGGGUAUCGCUCUACCGAUGAUCUUCGAGACCCAGGUGAUGACCCAACUGGACCGGGAGAACCUAGAGUCCCUCGUCAGGAUCCUCCAGUACCUGAGGCAAUCAGGAAUGUCCAGCGAGGCAGUCCCCAGAAUUCUAAACAUAAUCGAGAAAACUCCCCCUGAAAAAAUCACUCCAGCCCAAGCAAAGCAGAUCCUCUUCUGCCUCCUGGACUGGGAUUUUAACGAAACGGUGAAGCUCCUGAUCCCCAGGAUGAUGGAGAUCCUCGCCGAGGGAAUGGAGGAGGUGAACCCAGCGGAAUUGCACGCCUUGUUGCGAAGGAUAAGCAAGAAUUUCAGCGAAGCCAAGACAGACCACGAGGUCUACUAUCACGAUGGCUUUGCUGACGCCUGUGGGGCGGCCGUUGUCUCCAGGAAUCUAGGGUUCGAGCGAGCCCUGGAGGUCGCCGAUUUUUAUCACGUCGUGGAGCACGUCAACAUCGCCCUGCUAGACUACAUGGCUGCCAAGUGCUUCGAGGACAAGAGCAUCCUCACCAAUGCCAAUAAAUAUCAGAUCUCUUCGUUUCUGCACUCCCUGUCCCGAGCCGACUACAAACCAGUCUUCUGGGAUUCAGUUAAGGAGUCGUUGAUGAGUGAGAAACUGCUGGACCAAAACGUAGGGUGGCUGCUGAAACCGGCUCUGUGGAUGGCAUCCCUCGACUGCUACUGGCCAAAGCUCAUCGCCAAGAUCUUCACGGAAUUCGAAAUUAGGGGUGAGAGGUAUACAUCUGCCAUGAAGAGAAUUCUGCUGCUGUAUCACACGGUCAAGAGUAGCUGUCCUGAGUACCAGGGGCCCUGGAUUGCCGACAACGUUCUGAGGUACUGCGAGAAGGUGCCCGUUGUGGAGAAGACGGAGUAUCCACUGCGGGAGGCCAUCCAGUGCGCUCUUGGGGGGCCGCAGUAUGUCCUGACCAGUUUGGGGACCAAGUUUGGGUAUUAUGUUGAUCAUGUCGCGAUUAUGAGGAAGGGAUGGUUUCCAAUUGCUGUUAAUACUUCUGGGGAGACUGUCAUUAACAAGCUAGAGGAUUUGAAACCUUUGCAAGACGGUCAAAUCCUGAUAUUCUUGACCAUCCCUGGCUAUGGACAUAUCCGUAACACAGAUCGCCUGACUGGCUACUGGUCAUUGUUAAUGAAACAAAUUGAGGCAGAAGAAAGGCACACAGUGAUUCCCAUUUUUUCAAGAACGUGGAAAAAACUUUCAGAACCCGAAAGAAUUCGCUACAUCUCGCAAGCGAUUAGACUCAAGUGUGACGAACUCUCUGCAGUUGUCAACUGAAACGACGAAGCAAUUUAGAAUUGAAUGUAUGUAUUACCCGAGAAUAAACUGCUGUUUAUUACAACAUCUUUGGAAGAAUCAA